UGACUGUUUGUUGAAAUAGUGCGAUUCAUUGUUUUUAAUUUUAAUUUGCAUGUCAAUGAGAUUGUUUCGGUGCACGAAUAUACGAUAUGUUGAUAUUUCUUAUCACUUCGCUGUAUUGUUUCAUUAAUUGUUGCUUGAUCGAGUGCGUUAUUUUGUUGAUAUUUUAGUGUAAAAAAACACUUCGCGGUUAUGGUAUUGAAUUUAGCAGUGAUGUUCGCCACGCAUAUAAUCGCGUCAUGAUUAAUGAACAUUGAAUUGAAGAUAGACAGACCCCAUGUGUGCAUGACACAACAAAUAACAAUAAUAUAUAAAAAUAAAAAUGCUAAACAGUGACCCGAUGAUACUCCAAUUUGAAAUGUCCUUCAUUACUUCCGUAUUUAUUCGCUCAUGAUCAAUAGGUACAUUGUAUCUCGUUUCACUUCAAUGCACUCUCUCUUUCGCAGUAGCUAAUCGUCUCAUACUACCUCUUCCUAUUUCGGUGAUUACGAUAUAUUAUCGCAUAUUUUAUUUUAUUUUUUCUCUCUCUCUGCACGUUGGAAUCCAAUUUGAUAGUGUUUAUCAAAUGUGUUGAAAGUUCGCGCGAACCUGUUUUCGCCUUUCGAUUGCGCCUUUUUUAUGUAAUGGGGCCUGCAAUGCGCUAUUAUUCAAUUCCAAAUCAUUUUCGUUUCGUGACGGUUGAGAAAUCUUAAGUUGUGGAGUUGGAUUUCAUGCAACUAUAUAUUUUUUUUUGUACAGUAAAAAAUGUGAAAAGCAUUCAAACAGAGCUAGCUCACUUAAGAUCGUUUGCGCCAAUCACCAUAUAAUUUUCUCUAUGUGAUUCAACGCGUAUCGCUUACCAGUCGCGCGUACUGCCUAUAUAGAAAAGUAUCGUUUUUUUUUUUUGAUACGAUUAUAACAUAUUCGAGUGCUUGAAAACAGAGAGGAACAAAACCUGCUUCUAAAUUGGUGGUGAAACCAGCGAAACGAAACUUCUUUCGAUACAUGUUGUGCUAGUCAGAAUUAAGUCGUCGGUAUAAGCAGCGUGUUGUGGCGUGUUUAUUUCAAUUUUUUUUUUGUUUCCAACAAUUUGUUGAUUUGUUUGUUGUUUUUACUUUAAAUGUUGUUGUUUUUUUGUUAUGGAUCUAUAAGUUAAAAGUCCAAAAUGAGCGAAAAAAGUCAUAAGCAGUAUAUAGCGUCAUUGGAUAUUGGUACAACAAGUAUUAGAUGUUUUAUUUACGAUAUCAACGUGCAUAUUAUUGGAAGAGCAUGUGCAAAUAUUGAACUAUUGUAUCCACAACCUGGUUAUGUUGAAAUUAAUCCGGACGAUUUGUGGCAAUCGAUUUUGAAAACAAUUCAAAAUGCAAUCAACGAUGCCAAAUUGAGUGCAAGCGACAUAUCAUGUCUCGGAAUAUCCACACAACGAAGCACAUUCAUUACAUGGGAUCGUACAACAGGCGAAACAUUCCACAAUUUUAUUACGUGGAAAGAUUUGCGAGCCGAUUCAAUGGUUCGAAAAUGGAAUGACAGUGUAACGCUUAAGCUAAUGCAUGGUGUAUCACAUUGCCUUUAUAUGUUUACAAGGAACAAACGCUUUUUAGCGGGAAGCGUAUUAAAACUUAUGAAUGCUCAGACCACACUACGUUUGUCGUGGAUGAUUCAGAACAAUAAAAAACUACAAACGGCUAUUGAACAGAAAAAUGCAUUAUUCGGUACGCUUGACUCAUGGUUACUGUAUCGUUUACGACAAGGCACCGAUCUAGAUUAUAAACCAGAACAUAUCAGUGAUGUGACGAGUUGCUCAGCCACCGGAUUCUAUGAUCCAUUUACAUUACAAUGGGCGAAAUGGGCAUUAAAUUUAUUUUCGAUUAAGGCAAAUAUGCUGCCAACUGUUGUAGAUAAUUCGUAUAAUUUCGGUCAUAUACACAAAAGUUUAUUUGGACACGAUAUUCCAAUCGGUUCAUCGCUUGGCGAUCAAUCAGCUUCGAUGUGGGGAUCAUGUUGUUUCAAUACGGGCGAUAUAAAAAUAACAUUAGGCACUGGUUCAUUCUUGAACCUUAACACUGGAUCACAAUGUCCGGCCUCUAUUUACGGCUUAUAUCCAUUGGUUGCAUGGCGAUACAAUGACAAACAAAGUAAUAACAAUGAGUUGAUCUAUUGCAUGGAAGGUGCUGCGAAUGACACCGGCUCAAUCAUACAAUGGGCCAUGAAUUUUGGCUUAUUCGAAGAUCCAUCAAAAUCAGCCGAAAUUGCGAAUUCCGUUGACGACACAGAAGAUGUUUAUUUUGUACCUGCAUUUAGUGGCUUGGGCGCUCCAAUAAAUGAUCAUCAGGCGGCUUCUGGUUUAAUUGGGAUUCGGCCGUCAACAAAAAAUGCACAUAUAGUCCGUGCUAUCCUCGAAAGUAUUGCGUUUCGUUUGAAUCAACUGUACGCAUGCACCAUUACAGAGACGAAUUUCAAGUUUUCUGUUAUUCGUGUUGAUGGUGGUGUCUCUAAAAAUGAUUUCAUUUGUCAAUUGCUAGCCGAUUUGACCAAAUUGAAAGUUGAGCGCGCAUAUGAUUCCGAAUUAAGUGCAUUGGGUGCUGGUUUUCUGGCUGGUCUUCGGGUGGGCAUUUGGAAAACGCGAGAUGAGCUCGUUAAACUGCGUAAAAUUGAACGUGUAUUCGUGCCGAAUGAAAGUCUACACGAUCGAAUUAUGAUUAAAAUGAAAAAUUGGGAAAGGGCUGUGAAUCGGUUCAAGGGAUGGUAUCAACAAUAGCAAUAUUAAAUUAAAUUAGAUCAUAAAAUCAAUUCAUACACGAAAUAUCAAUAAACAAAGUAUUUUUGUACAUGAAACAUCCACGAAUUGAAA